AUGUUUACAAGAUCGAUUCGAGUUCAAGCUGUGAAAUAUUCAUGGUUCCAGGUUUACGAUUAUGAGGACCUUGAGUAUAUCGCGAACAUCACCAUUGGAACACCUCCACAACAUUUUCGGGUCGUCCUGGAUACUGGUAGCGCAAACUUGUGGAUACCAGACGUAAGAUGUGUGAAAGGUCGCAAAAAGGUUUGCAAGGAGGCCAGGUGUGAUCUUGGAAUGGUUUGCGAAGUGCUUUGUCCUGAUAAAUCGUGUUGCGAUAAAUCUGAUGUGACGAGCGCUGAUGAAGGGGAUGAGAAUCCUUGUGCAGAAAAGGAAUUUUUCGAAUCCAAGAAGUCGAAAACUUAUAUGCCGAUUGAACCAAAAGUUGAGUUCAGAAUUGCGUACGGUACAGGAUCUGCAUCUGGGUUCCUUGGCAACGACACCUUACGAUUUGGUGGCAGCGAUGAAAAUGAUACCUUGAUCGUACCGGGUAUCGUAUUCGGUCAAGCGCUGCAAAUUGCUGAUUUUUUCGCAGGCAAUCCACUCGAUGGCAUACUUGGAUUAGGAUUCCGGACGCUCGCCGUAGAGAAAGUGAAUCCUCCUCUCCUAGAAGCUGUCGAUCUGGGAUUAGUGGACCCGGUGUUCACCGUUUUCAUGGGACAUAGAGGAUCGGGCGAAUAUGGAGGUGUUUUUACUUACGGAGGCCUUGACGACGUAAACUGCGGUGAAGUGAUUGCAUACGAGAAGCUUACACGAGCGGCAUAUUGGCAAUUCCAUAUGAAGGCAUUCAGCGCGGGAUAUCUGACCAUUGGAAAGGGAUGGGAAGUGAUCUCUGAUACUGGCACGUCGUUCCUGGGCAUCCCAGAAGCAAUCGCCGAAAUGGCAGCGGACUCAUUUAAUGCCGAACUCGACGAACUUUACGAUGUAUAUCGCAUUGAUUGCGGGGCAAACGUGACAUUCAACCUGACUAUCGGUGAUCAUGUCUACACUCUCGAGUCGGAAAAUCUUAUUGUCAAAUUUGAUGUUGAUUUCUGUGCAUUGGCAAUAUUCCCGAUGCGCUCCGGCGGCUAUGGACCCCAAUGGAUUCUCGGCGAUCCGUUCAUACGCCAGUACUGCAACAUUCAUGACAUCGGCAAACAGCGAAUUGGCUUUGCCAAACCAGUCAAGAAAUAG